AUGCCUUUUAGAAAAAAACAAAUCUCUCCUCCACCCACUAGUGGCGGUCUAGCCGCUGGCGAAGCCGACGCAGCGACCCCACGUGGCGGCGAAGACGAUGGCGAAACCGCGGCAAAGCGCGAAAGUUUUAACCUCGUCGCAUCUGCUGACGUGUGGCAAGUGCUCGGACCCACUACCAGCGCCACCGCCGGCGGCGGCGUCGGAACAGGAAACCCCGAGAGCGUCAGUGGCGGCGGCGCAGGAAGUACUACCGGCGCGACUGACAGUGGCGAAUGGCGGGCGGGAAGCGGAGAAGGCGCCGCCGUGAUUCACGGCGGAGCGGUCGGGUUCGGUAGCCCUGGCGCGUCUUCCGGCGCCACUUGGAACGUCGACCACGGAAGCGGACGCGGCCUCGCCGCGAGCGCCGCCGGGAAUGGCGCCGCAGUGGGCGGUGACGAGACGGGAGAGCAGGGCCGGGCGUUGCGGCAAAACUUAUCUGGGAUGAAUUCGGAGGGAACGAAGCAGACGCUGGAAAUUAUGCUCGAGGAUGGGUUGCAAAUGACAGUGGAGGUUGAUUCCGGCGAACGGCUUCUUAACGAGUUGGGAUACAAACAGGAAUUGCGACGGCGGCUGAGUUUCUUUGAAGUCUUCUCUAUCGGCAUCUCUAUAGUCACCUUCUACGCAGGAACAGUGCCCUUCUACUCAUUGACCUUCUUGAACGGCGGCCCUGUGGCGCUGGUGUGGUACUGGUGGAUAACGGCCUUUUUCACUCACCUCGUUGCUCUCUCCUUUGCUGAAAUCUCCUCAGCUUUCCCGAUCUCCGGGUCGCUCUACUUCUGGGCGGCAGCUCUUGCCGGCCCAAAGCACGGCCCCUUUGCCGCCUGGAUCACCGGCUGGUUGGAGUUCCUUGGGAUCUCCGUGUGCAUCGGCUCACUCUCCUUUGGAGGCGUACAGCUGCUACAGUACACCAUCUAUGCUGCUACAGGCGGCUCCAACGGCGGCUAUCUGUUGAGCAAUUACGAGUGCUUUGGAAUCACGGUGGCGUCAAUAGUGGCAUGUGCACUGCUCAACCUGCUGCCUGUGCUCUCCAUCGGACGCAUAGCAGCCUUCAGUGCCGUGUGGCAGAUCGUGGUGGUGUUGGCAGUGAUCAUCAUCCUCCCCUGCGUCGCCACCACACUGCAGCCCGCGUCGUUCAUCUUCAGCCAUUACCACGUGCAGCUUGACGUCACACACGUGCCCAACGAUGCAUACGCCUUUGUCUUGGCAAUGCAGCUCUCCCUAUUCGGCCUUUACGCAUACGACACUGUAGCGCACAUGGCAGAAGAGACAAAACGCGCCGACGUCACCGUGCCGGCCGCCAUGGUCUCAUGUCUCUCGGCAGCUACUGUGGUGGGGUGGGCGGUGAUCGUCGUCCUGACUGCGUGUAUUACCAAUAAAGAGACGCUUCUUGACGAGGCUAACGCCACAGGGGGCCAGCAGCCAGUGGUACAGAUCAUCUGGGAGGUCUUUUACAACAGGUACGGCAACGGCACGGGGGCAGUGGUGCUGCUGUGCCUCAUGUACUUCUCCUUCUUCUUUGCUGCCUUUGCGGCUGUCAUCGGAGCGUCCAGAGCGGCCUUCUCUCUCUCACGUGACUCCGGCCUCCCACUCGCCUUCCUCUGGCGGCGAGUCAACCGCGACCGCACGCCAGUCAACGCCGUCCUCCUCACCCACGAGGGGCGUUCAAGGCCGGCGCGUUCAGUCUCGAGAGAUACGUGGGGGCCGUGGGCAGGCGGUGCAUCAACGGCGGAGCGCUCUUCUUUGUGUUAUACACCAUGGCCACCUCUAUGGUUCCCAUGUACUUUCCCGUAA